AUGGUGACGGCGUCGCACGUGAGCGGUGAUAAUACGUUCGUCUGCUGUGGUCUCUCAGCGACGCUCACAUUCUUCGCGAUUUUCGUUUUCCACGUCGUCGAUGGAUCGUGGCAGUUUCCGCACACCGGCAGGGAUGUGAAGAAAGAGUUUACCGCCGCGCACAUCCCGGGCUCCGUCAAAUUCGUGCUCGACGAAUGCUGUGACAGAGGCUCCCCCUAUGACCAGAUGCUGCCGAGCGGCGAGCAGUUCGCCAGCUACGUCGGCGGGCUCGGCGUCGGCAGCGACUGCCACGUCGUCGUCUACGAUAACUCUGAGAUGGGCAUGUUCUCGGCGCAGCGCGUCUGGUGGUUGUUCCGAAGCUUCGGACACGAUAACACGAGCAUACUUAACGGAGGGCUGCCGGCCUGGAAGGCCGCAGGACUGCCGAUGCAGUCCGGGGAAGUGCAGACAGAGAGCAAGGUAUUCAAGGCAAAAUUCAGACCUGAGAUGGUGGCUUCUUACGCGGACGUGCAGGCGAAUCUAGCAGAGAGGAGCUUCCAGCUGGCAGAUGCUCGACCCCCUGGCAGGUUUAAUGGCAAAGACGCCGAGCCAAGAAAAGAUAUUGAGUCAGGACACGUUCCCGAUGCCGUCAACAUUCCGUUUGGAAUGAUCCUUAAUCAGGAAACAAAAACUGUGAAGACCCCAGAGCAGUUAAAGAAGAUAUUCGAAAUGAAGAAGAUUGACCUGCGUCAACCAUUGGUUAUAAUGUGCGGUUCUGGCAUGACUGCGACGGGUAUCUACCUCGCAGCGUUCGCGUGCGGCAAAACAGAUAUGAAGGUGUAUGAUGGAUCGUGGACUGAAUGGGCUCUACGUUCAAAGCCAGAACAUCGGAUCAAGGAAGCAGUAAACUAAAAUUAUUUCCCGCUAGAUGGCAGUGCGUCCGGGAAAUUGCCAGGAUAAACCGCUGUGUUUGAAUUUUGACACAACCUUUCUAAGACGUGACAUAAAUAAUCAAUUUUCAUGUUUUAAAGAA